AUGGCAAAAGUUGCUUCAUGGGAUUUGCGAGCCGAUGGUCUCUGGACUCGCCCAAUGGUGGGACCUGAGCGAAUGUUUGAUCAAUGGCUGGAACUGGACGGCUGGACUGAAUGGAUGGGCGCUGUCAUCUUCACCGUCGCACCAACUCUCACACCCAAGAUUGAUUCCAGAGACAGCAUUAAGACGUGGUUCAACAAAGCCAUUGCCCUCGUCUGCCUCCAGAAACCAUCUUUGUUGGCAACAAUUCAUCGAGGCCAACAUGAAUCUGUGCCGGCCAAAUCUCGAGAUUUUAUCUAUACUCCGCUCAAAUCCGACAAUGAUUUGGCUGAAAGGAUCGCGCAACAAACGACAAUUCUUCACACUGACAAGUCAGCCAAGGAAGGACUCAAGUCACUGACGGAUGAGUUCUAUUCAACCCCUGAAAAGCGUAUCAGUAUUGAGCUUGGGGCGCACUUGAUACACAUAUCGCUUGUCGUAUCAUCAUCCGAACCCGGCACUUUCGCAGUGGGUAUCCGCUGCAAUCAUGCACUAAACGACUUCUGGAGCGGUGCUGCAAUCUUGGACAAUAUUCUAUGCAGGCUUUCAGGUGGAUUGGUAGACAACGGACUAUAUUUAUCGUCCUACACGUCCACAUCCCCAUUUUCCCUACAUCCGUGUUACCUAGACAUCCUCCAGCAGCCGCUGGGGAAUACCCCGAUGGACCAAGAAGCUCAGGAAAAGGCGAAAAAGCUGCUCGAGGCUAACCUCGCAAAUAUCACAAUGUGCCCCAUUACCGAGCAGUCUUACAAGGAUUCUCCAGGUACCGACUACGCUGUGCGAAGACAGGUGUACUCAGAGGACUUGACAAAGAGGAUUAUAAACAUCUGCAAAGCUCGGGGGGUCACGGUAACAGCGUUGUUGACAGCACUGCAAGCCUUUGCACUGCUCAAGACGUUUCCACCACAGAGUCUUCCAUGCUCCGUUGCGUCGCCGAUUUGCGUAAGCAAUCGAUUGAAACACACGUCUGUAGCCAACCAAGAUUCCGGUGAUUUGUCGCCAAAGCCAGUCGAUCAAAUAUUCAAGGACGCGGCUAACAUUGGACCAGUCAUGGCAACCACAUUUCUCGUCUCACCCUUUGAGGUCGGACCCUUUUUGAAGAAAGACGACGUAUCGGUCGGCAGUCAGCAAUGGUUCAAGGAUGUUUGGGAGGUGACAGGAAACGUCAGCCAAGCUACUGAAGAUGCUGUCAAGAGUGACAUAAGCGAGCAUGUAGACUGGACACAGGGCCCAGCUGCUUUUGGCGGUGUCGCCCACGCCAUGGAAGCUAUGAAAGCUGGCCAUCUCCCAUUACCACCCGGCAUGUUUACGCCUCUAUCAUCCGCUGGUUUGCUGGAUGGGACACAUCUCCGAGGGACCUACGGUAAAGAUGAGAGAGGCGAUGGUCCUGCGCUGAAGCUUGACGAUUUUUCCUUCUACUCACGAGUUAGUAACCUAUUCGGCCCUCAAACUUGGGCAUGGACAGCUUUAGGGAAGCUAAACACAAUACUGGUGAUGCCUGAUCCCCGUAUACGUUCGGUACCAAACAUUGAGUGGUGGGGGCUAUUCAAUGCCUCAAUUAACAGUAUGGGGAAUGAUAGUUCAGAGUAA